CAUAUUAUCAAAUAAAUAACAGCUUCAACAUGGAAAAGGAACCUCUAGAAGACUUUGAUGAAUUUGAAGCGACUUUGCAAAAGAUUGACGACAUUCUAAAAGGUGGUCCCGAAGCAGAUGCUGCUGCUGAGACCAAAGCGAAAACCGCUGAGGAUUUCGAACGACUUGAUGUGGACAAGGUGCGUCUAAGAGUGCGUGAGAAUCGCACUGUAAUCAAUAAGCGGGAGCCACAAAGCCAGAUGACAGAUACCCAGGAUCAGCAGGGCUUCAUGAGAGAGGUCGAACGGGAUGCCAAUGAACGUGCCCAGGCGCGUGCCAAAAGUGAAUACGAGGCGGAGCUGCAACGCAGUCAAGGCAACGAGGCCUUUCGCAAGGGCAAAUUUGAGAAGGCUAUCUUACACUAUGGCAAGGCAAUCGAGCGCGUUAAGAAUAGCGCUACUACCUACAACAAUCGCGCCUUGUGCUACAUCAGGCUACGCAACUACAGACGUGCCGUGGAAGAUUGCCAGUAUGUGCUGGACAAGUUGCAGGAGACAAAUCUGCGCGCCUGGCUGUAUAAGGCCACUGCCUUUAAGCGCUUGAAGGAUGAGGAACGCUUUGAGCAGAGUGUGGCCAAGGCCCGUGAGCAUAAUCCACUACAGCUCGCCUAUAUAGAAAAGUAUAUCGGCCAGAUUGAAGAGGAAGCGUAAAAAGCUAUAUAUAUAUAUAUAUAUAUA